UUUCCUACAUUGAAAAAUAAAAUGGGCUCUUUUGAUGAAAUUCAACAAAGAGCAAAUAAAUUGACUGCCGACCUCCGUUUUGGUGAUCCAACAGAAUUACGUUCAUCAUCUCAAUUUUCUGGCAGUAAUGUUUAUUCAACUCCAGCAUUUAUCGAGACAAGUUUAGAUGAUAUUUUUAAAAGAAGUGAAGAAAUUUGGAAUAAAAAACAAACAUUAAAGCCAAUUGUUGGAAUGAAUGCAACUUUGAGAACAAUUAAAGAUCAAAAUCAACUAAACAGUACUCGACUUAAUAUUCAACAAGGGAAAGAAUUAGCAGCAGAGAAAAAGCAACAAAUUGUUUACGAUGAUCUAGGCUCAGAUCAAACUCAAAGCGAUGAAGUUGACAAACUUGUACAAAGGGCAUUUGAACGGGCACGAAUAGCAACUGAACGUUCAUUUCUUAAUCAACAAGUAUUGGAACGAACAACUGGAGGUACUUCCUCAACAUCUGAUUUAUUCUCACCAAGAAGAGGAAAACAAAUAGGCAAAGAGAAUACUUUAGAAGGAAAAUCUGUUUUCACUAAAAAAGUUAAAAGUAUUGGGAAUUUACCAGUUGCUCCACUUGCACAUGAACAAGAAUUGUUUGCUAAGGAGCUAGACAAAGCACUCUAUCAGGAUAGCAACUCUCAAUUACGUCCGAUAAUUAAUAAAGCUAUCGAAAAAUUAAAUUCUCGUGAAGCAACUUAUAUUUGGUCAAAAGUAUUUGCUAUUUUACCUGAAUCACGAAUGUCUAGAGCCAAUCAAAAUGUUAGGGAGUUGCGUUCAGAAAAGCGUUGGCUUGACAAUUUAAUUAAUUCUGGAUCAAAGUACUUGCAGGACGAGUAUGUUUAA